CGCCGUGUCCCCGCAGGGUUCAUCAAGGUGCUGCUCUACAUGGCCUUCAUGACCAUCAUGAUCAAGGUGCACACCUUCCCGCUCUUCGCCAUCCGCCCCAUGUACCUGGCCAUGAGGCAGUUCAAGAAGGCCGUGACCGAUGCCAUCAUGUCCCGCCGGGCCAUCCGCAACAUGAACACGCUGUACCCCGACGCCACGGCCGAGGAGCUGCAGGCCACGGACAACGUUUGCAUCAUCUGCCGAGAGGAGAUGGUGACGGGGGCCAAGCGCCUGCCCUGCAACCACAUCUUCCACACCAGGUCUGGGGGGGUCACGGCACCAGGGAUGG